AUGGGUUGGAAUCUGAGAAUAGUUCAUUGUAAAAAUAGAUAUGUAAGAUUUCUGUUAACUUUUUUAAUUUUUAUUACCGUUAUUUUUUGUAAACAAGUAUUAUGUGGGUCAAAAACACAAUUGGAAGACCCUAGCGAUUAUAAUAUUGACUUCUUUAGGAAGACGGGUAAAUACCCAUCCAAUGGUUAUCUAGAAUCAAAUGGUAUAUAUGGGACUCCUUUAAUACUGAAAUCGCAGGAUUCAACAUUAUGGAUAAUACUUUUGGGGGUUUGUUUUGCUGCAUUAAUUUUUGGAAUAGGGAUUGCUAUGAUUGCAAACUUUGGCGGAGAAGUAAAGGUUAAUGAAGAUGGACUGGAUAAAAUGGAAUCUAAUGAAUACUUCUAUGAUCCUCUUGAAAGCCCAGAAGAAGAGAUUAAGCGCUUAAACAAGCUUCAAGGUAAAUUAGUUGAUUCUUUUAAUUACCCAAACCCAAAUAAUUAUAAUUACCACCACCAUCCUCAAUUUUCGCAAUUUGGGAAUUAUUAUAACUCAAACCAACAUUACUACUCAAGCAAAAACUUCAGAUAG